UGUUUAUUUAUAUUUUCUAUCGAUGACUCAAAUUCCAAAUUUUAUGUGCAUGUUUUCACUAAAAAAGCCAAAAUUUGUUACAAAAAUAAAAGUGCGAGUAGUGUAGUUUUCAGCUUUUGUGUACGAUGGUUCUCACCGACCGUCAAAAAACGAUAGCAACUUCAGCUGUCGCGGCUGCUGUUGGCGUCGGAACACUCUACCUGCUGUACAACCGAAAGAAGCUCUGGAGUCGCUUUACGGAUCCCCUAUACGGCCAAUCAAUUCAUGUUGUAUCCAGCUGGGACGAGUGCCGCAAAGUUGUGGGCACUCUGAGAAACCACUGCCAAGAAUUCCGUGUUCUCGGAUUCGACUGCGAAUGGGUCAACGAGCAAGGCAACCGCCAUCCUGUGGCUCUUUUACAGCUGGCCACACACCGAGGAAUGUGUGCUUUAAUAAGGCUAUGCGAUUUGCGCCGGAUUCCCCCUGAGUUGGGAGAUCUGCUGAAUGACCCUGCCAUCCUCAAAGUGGGCGUCGGCUCGGUGGACGAUGCCAAACUACUUAGAACCGACUACAAUCUGAAAGUGGAAUCUACACUGGAUUUGCGAUUCAUGGCCGAUCGUUGCGGCCUGGUUGGUCCCUAUGGGAUGGCCAAACUGGCUGAACGUGUCCUGGGGAUAAGUUUAGACAAGCAUUGGCGCAUCAGAGCGUCUAACUGGGAGCAACCGGAACUGACCGAGAGACAGUUGGUGUACGCGGCAAAGGAUGCGCAUGUUGCCGUGGAACUUUUCCGCAGCUUCGCCAAGCAAAUGGUUCCAAAAGCAAUCUGGACUAAUCGUAAAAAAUGGGUCGAUCAGGUAGUCGGUGAGGUUGAUUGUUUCUUGGAUCAACGGUUCCAAGACAAAAGUGGUGGAAAUCGGAACGGAAACGGUUCCAAGAAGAGUAAGAAAAAGCUUCUGGAAGCAAAAAAUGCGGAAUUCAACCUGCAUCUGAAACGAACGAUGGCAACCAGAGCUAAGCCUCUGUACGAUAAUUGCAUGAUGCAAGCCCCAGACGGGGAAGUGCUAUGCACCUGUGACCGCAAAAAAGCCGAAUGGUACGUGCUAAAGGAAUUGGCUGAAAUUGUGCCGGAUCAGCCGAACUACACGAUUCGGUUGAAAUUCGAACCCAAGGGAAGGGCCGUCGGUGAAGUUGGCCAGUACUACCAGAUGGCCAAAGAGAAUCGGUGCGUCGUUUGCGGAGAAAAGAAUUCCUACAUCAGAAAAAACGUUGUUCCCAGGGACUAUCGCAAGCACUUUCCAUUGGUUAUGAAAGAGCACACUUCCCAUGACGUGCUGUUGCUUUGCGUCCCAUGUCACCGGACCAGUAAUAUGAGUGACGACAACAUGCGACUCAAGUUGGCUGCCAUUUGCUCGGCUCCGUAUACAUCGAAAGAGAAUCCUAAGGAAGUACGAGUAGAAUCGAUGAAUGACCUGCGAAAAAUAGCUAGAGCCCUACUGUUUGGUACUCAGAUCCCAGAAGAAAGACGGCGCAGUCUCGAGGGACGGAUGCGUAAGCUGCUACCCCGGGGAACGGAAAUAACCAAAGAUUUGCUAGACACCUAUGCCAAUAUAAGCACCUGCGUCCCGAACGAGGAUUACUUUUCACAUGGCCAGAAGGUCGCCGAUUAUUACCGAAUACAACCCGGUGGUCUGAGCGAGCUGGAGAGAAUGUGGCGAGAGCAUUUUCUGCGCACGAUGAAGCCAAAAUUUCUACCAGAGCUUUGGUCUGUUGAGCACAACUACAAAAGAUUGGAAAUUAAGGCAGAGGAAGGCCGUGUCAACGAGGAAGAUCUUCAGCAGGCGGGAGUACCUCGUUCUACCAGCAAACCUUCGGCAGUUUCUACACCAUCGACAAACGCAAGCUAUAGCGUCGGCAGUACCACCAAUGGCAACGAAACUACCAACGAAGAUCCAAGUAGCAGCAGUAGUGACACCCUGAGUUUUCCUACCGAUUCUACCAACUCCGCCAAAAGUCAUGAGAAAACCAACGAGGUUUCGAGUCAAGCGGCUGCAGAUGAGGAAACGGUGUUCUAUUCUAACCGUGAUGAGCUCCGCUCGGAGCUAACCAAUUACCAAUCGGCAGCCCUCGGGGUGUCAACGGUGACCAGCAGCACAACGCUGGCCAACGAUCGGUUCAGAACGGUGAUGCCCGAUUUCAGCGCUAGUGAAGGCGAUGGCGACGACGGCGAUGAGGAAGGUGGUGCCAAUGGAAGUGAGCCGGCUACCGUCAACGAUUUCGCUUCCAUCGACUACGAUUCGGAUGAUUCCGAUUCGACUUUGUCGCAGCCAUCGAUGACGACAACCACGUUGGCCGAUUCCACCGACGACUGGGAGGCGGAACUGAACGACGAUGGACCAAGCGUCAACGGGAACCUGUCGUUUUCGGUUCCAUCGCCCGCCGGGGGUUCAUCAGAGUUGAAAAAAUAAGUGUUCCGAAAAAUCAAAUUUUAUUGUUUGUCCCUAUCAAUCACAUUAAGCGGCUUAAAUAUUAUACAAAACGAAGCAUUUAACUGUCUUUACAAAAUGUUUGUGAAUUAUUGUCUCUAGUGUUGUUCGAUAAAAUUGUUGAAAUAAAUUUUACAUUUGACAAACCUAACGGAA